AUGGCGUCCCCGUCUCAGGAUCCUAAUUCACAUGUCGCGCUGAAACCUCGCCGUUUGAUUCGCGGCGAGAUUACAUACUCCGCUGCGAAAGAAAAAGAUGCUAAUAUCCUCCAUGAGUUGGGCUAUCGAGAGCAAAAGCUCCAAUUUUUCACCCGCUUGUUCAGAAGCCGAGAGCUGAUCAAGAAUAUCGUUGCUCAUCAUCUUGGCCUUACCUCUCCAGAUGCAUGCCAUGUUGUCGACGUGGAGGACUGGAUCCACGGAAGUUUCAACGUUUGCAUCCGGGUUGAUAUUGACGGUCCAAGGACAAAAUCUGAAAAACAGGUGAUGAUUCGUUUCCCCCUGCCGUACAGGAUCGGCGAGGGUCCUUGCCCGGGGAAUGCGGACGAGAAGGUCCGUUGCGAAGUUGGGACCUAUGCGUGGGUCUCGGAGAAGUGUCCAGAUGUCCCAAUUCCACAUCUUCACGGAUUCGGACUAUCUAAUGGUAAAACUUUUACCUAUCUUGGCGGCCUUUCCUUUUUCUCACGAAGCAUUCAACGCCUCCGUCGGUGGUUUUUGCAGUUACUACGCUAUCCACUCCCAUCCUUAUAUGUCGAAAACCGCGUCAAAGACCAGACCGCGCUAGAGAGUCCUUACAUUAUAAUAGAUUAUAUCAAUCCAUCAAGGGGCGAAAUGCUGUCUGAAACUUGGGAGCGGGGACGUCUCGACCCACGCUUACGGGCAAACCUGUUCCAUGGUCUCUCACGCAUUAUGCUCAAUCUGGCUCGUAUCCCAUUGCCUCAGAUCGGCUCUUUCAUUCUAGAUGAACAUGGGUAUUUGCACUUGGGUAACCGACCUCUUACACUUGAGAUUCAACAACUAGAAAAUGAAAGCAUCCCAGUGGACCUCCAAAGGGAUGCAACCCACGUCAGCGUCGACUCCUAUGUGAACGAUAUCCUAGCACGACAUCAAAGUCGUCUUCGCCAUCAGCCAAACGCAAUCAACAGUGUCGAGGAUGGGUUCUAUCAGACAUCUGCACUAAUGGUCAUGAGAAGCGUCUGGUCUUGCUUUUUCCGACGAGAUCUUUUCAAAGGGCCAUUUUUUCUCAACCUUACUGAUCUCAACCAGUCUAAUAUUUUUGUUGACCAUAACUGGAAUAUCAAGUGUUUGAUAGACCUUGAGUGGGCCUGCUCUCAGCCGGUAGAGAUGAUCCAUCCUCCGCACUGGUUAACAAACGAAGCUAUUGAUCUGAUCAGCGUUGACGACUACGAGGCUCUUCACGGAGAAUUCAUGGACGCUUUCGCAGAGGAAGAAAAAUCACUCGAUAUGCCUUUCCCUCUCUACCCGGUCUUGAAACAGGGGUUCGAGAGAGGCACGUUCUGGUGUUCACUGGCUCUCGCGAGUCCCACAGCGUUGUUUAAAAUAUUCUAUGACUACAUUCAGCCAAGAUUCUCCAAGACCCAUGACGACCCGGCAUUUUGGCGGAUUACCAUGCCUUAUUGGACCUUCAAUACUUUUGCGUUCAUUGAGCAUAAAGUGGAAGACAAAGAGAAAUACGAUAUCUCCUUGCGAGAAGCAUUUCAAUCCUAA